AUGUUUGCCAGAGCAACAAGGAAUUUUCUUAGAGAAGUUGAUGCUGGAGGUAACCUGAUCACAGUAUCAAAUUUGAAUGACUCUGAUAAAUUACAACUUCUAAGUCUGGUGACCAAAAAAAAGAGAUUGUGGUGCUGGCAGAGACCCAAAUACCAGUUUUUAUCUGUCACCCUGGGAGAUGUGCUCACAGAAGACCAGUUUCUGAGUCCAGUGGUCGUGGAGUCGGACUUUGUGAAGUACGAGGGCAAGUUUGAAAACCAUGUGAGUGGGACCCUGGAGACGGCACUGGGGAAGGUCAAGCUGAACAUUGGUGGCAAAGGCCUCGUGGAGAGUCAGUCCUCGUUUGGAACCCUGAGGAAGCAGGAGGUGGACUUGCAGCAGCUCAUUGGAGUUGCCCAGGAGAGAACAAUAAAUCUGAAGAAUUCAGUGCUGCAGCAGGUGCUGGAGAGGAAGAAUGAGGUCCUGUGUGUCCUGACACAGAAGAUAGUGACGACGCGGAAGUGUGUGAUAUCCGAGCUCGUCCAGAUCGAGGAGAAGUGUGGUGGCAUGGUGGGGAUCCAGACCAAGACUGUGCAGGUGUCAGCGACGGAGGAUGGGAACAUCAUCAAGGACAGCAAUGUGGUGCUGGAAAUCCCGGCUCCCACCACCAUCGCCUACGGCGUCAUCGAGCUGUAUGUGAGAGCAGACGGCCAGUUCGAAUUCUGCCUCCUGCAAGGGAAGCACGGGGGCUUCGAGCACGAGAGGAGAAGUGACUCUGCCUUCCUGGACCUCCUGCUCUUACGAGAGUUUGCGUUCUGGGACACGCCAGAUGCUGGGCAAGGGCUGCCUGCCUCGGAUGGGCCACUGAGUGUUUUAAAACAAGCCCCUCUGUUCUUGGAGAGGAAUUUCCAUCCCUUUGUGGAACUGCCAGAGCAGCAACAGAGAGCUCUGAAUGACGUCCUCCAGGCGGUCCUGUUUGAUGAAGAAUUACUCUUGGUUCUGGAGCAAGUGUGUGAGGACAUAGUCAGCAGCCUGUCACCCUCAUUGGCGGUGCUGGGGAAGCUGAAGCCUUCACAGCAGCGGGACCUUGUGGCCUUCCUGCGGCUAGUGGGGUACAGUGUGCAGGGCGAGUGUCCAGGUCCAGAGGAUGUGGUCCACAACCAGAAACUCCUUUCUACGGCCUACUUCUUGGUCAGUGCGCUAGCAGAAAUGCCAGAUAACGCAGCAGGUCUGCUGGGCACUUGUUGUAAGCUCCAGAUUAUUCCUACACUGUGCCAUCUGCUCCGUGCUCUGUCUGAUGAUGGUGUGUCUGAUCUUGAAGACCCAGUCUUGGCUCCACUGAAAGAUACAGAAAGGUUUGGGAUCGUGCAGCGUCUGUUUGCCUCAGCUGACAUUAACCUGGAGAGACUGCAACCUUCUGUGAAAGUUGCCACCCGAAAGGACGCUAACGUUUUCCCACUGAUUCUUUAUAUAAGCCUGAAUGGACUCUGUGCUUUGGGCAGAGCACAGUAACAGUGUCAUAUGUGGAUUACAGGUACACCUUAUUUUCUUGCACUUUGCAGAUAAUGCAUUUUUUUUUACAAAUUGAAGGUCUGUGACAACCCUGAG